CUGCCACUUUACAGUCCACAAGAAAUCGCAUCGUUCAUACGCCAAUCAUGAAGUCUUUCAAGUCGAAGUUCGAAAAAGUCGUCUCCGACGCCCAGUCGAAGCUCUCCUCCAAUCCAAAAGUCAAUUCUGCAGCCCAAGGCGCCAUGAACACUGGCUCGUCUAUGUUACAAGGCGCUGUCAAUUUCGCUAAAGGUGUGACGUCUGGCCAUGCCUCACUCAAGGCGACAUUUGCCAAUGUCACAUCUGCGCCGGUCAAUCGCGCUGGCCAUUCUCUUGCAGUCGUCAAGGGCCGCGCCUAUAUCUUUGGAGGAGAGAGUGCAGGCGGAGCUUUGGCAGAUAAUGACAUGUAUAUGAUCAUCUUGCCAAGUGGUGGAGUUCUUGAUGCUGAUUUCACAAAUAUCGAAGCUAGAGCGAAAACACUACGGGAAGGUGCAGCUUUGGAAAGUCAGACAGGAGCUAUACCUGCAAGCAGAAAGGGACACAGCGCUGUCGUGGUCGGAGACAACAUAUAUAUCUACGGAGGCGAAGACGAGAAGGGACAGGCUGUGGAUAGCGCGUACCCGGGACGAGUUUGGGUGUUUGACACCACAAUCAAAGCAUGGUCAGCUUUAGAUCCAGCUGAUGGCACCGCUCCACCCACCAGGAGCCUCCAUGGUGCUGCAAGCAGUGACGAGCCUGGUCCACAGCUGAAGCAGAACGUACAUGAUCCAUUACCGCAGACACCUAUGGACCCAGCGAAGACAGUCCCCGAUGUCCCCGAAAAAGAUUCCUGGGGUACUCUCAUCAUCGCCAAUGGACGCUCUCUCGCCGAUAAUUCCCUCCUCUCCGAUGCCUGGGCCUUCGAUAUCCGUACCCGCGCCUGGAGGCAACUCCCCUCACCACCUGCUCCGGCCCGGACCGGGUCUUCCCUCGCAGUGGCGUCUCAAACUCUCUUCCGCUUUGGCGGCUACGACGGUACACAGCAUCUCGGCGGUGGCAUUGACUCCUUCUCCCUUACAAACGUCUUAACCCCCGCCCCGUCCAGCAGCACCUCCGACGCAUCCACGCCCCUACAUGCCCGCCCCUGGCACUCGCACCCGUAUAUCAACGGUCUCGGCCCGCGCGAACGUACACAUGCGGGCCUGGCCACAAUCACCACCGGCCAAGGCCGACGCCACCUCCUUCUCAUCGGCGGCCAAACGAGCGCCGCACCCGGCUCACCCGUCGCAUACUUUGACGAUGUAUGGACAUACGCACUCCCUGCAGCCAUGAACACCGCAGCAGGGAUCAAAGACGCGGCAGCCAGUCGGAUGCGCAGUGCUAGCGCAGCAGCAACCAAGAGCGCUGAGAGACCGGGAAGUAGUGCGGAUGGGAGCGCGUGGGCGGAGGUCCGUUAUCUGUAUCUUGAUAAAGAUGGAGAUGUCAGGCCCGAGGGCCGCAGUCUGGAUGGCAGGGGCAAAGGGAUCGGGAGCCGGGGUCAAUUCGCGGUCGCGAGCCAGGAAAGUGAUAGCUCGAGUGUCGUGGUAUGGGGUGGCGUUGCAGGGGAUGGAAAGGUUCUCGGAGAUGGGUGGUUAGUCACCGUUGAAAGGUGGUAAUGAAAACGCCGUGGACAUGGCUGGACAUGAUGAACUCUAGUUUACGAAAAGGAAGGAGGGCAGGGGGAGAAACCCGAAGAAAAAACCA